UCUGCAAGGAGGAUUGUCCUGCUGGGAAAAACUGGAGCUGGAAAAAGCAGCCUGGCAAACACCAUAUUCGGAGAAAAGGUGUUCAACAUAAACCACUCACCCAUGACUGAAGAAUAUCAGUCCAGCGCAGAAACCAAAUGUGUCAAUGGAAAAAACAUCACUCUGAUUGACACUCAGGGUUUUUUUGACACAUGUGGGUCUGAGGAGUCACUCAAGGCCGAUGUACUGAGGUGUAUCACGGAGUGCGCCCCUGGACCUCACGCCUUCCUCAUCGUGCUUAAAGUGGAGAAAUUCACCAAGCAGGAGGAAGACGUGAUCAAAAAAAUACGGCAGUGUUUUUCUGAAGAUGCUCUGAGAUAUUCUGCAGUUGUCUUCACUCAUGGAGACCAGCUGCCGGAGGGAAAGGCAAUUGAGGACUUUGUCGGUAGGAACAAAGGCCUGAGUGAGCUGGUGAAGGAGUGUGGAGGCCGAUGCCACGUGGUCGAUAGCAAAUACUGGAAAGAUAACGAAGAGGGCAGCUACAGGAACAAUCGCGUCCAAGUGGCAGAGCUACUCAGGACAACGGACAAGAUAACUGAGGAAAACAACGGCCAGUGCUACACUAAUGAGGUGCUGAAAGAAGUGAAAAGAGAAAUGCGAAAAGAGGAAGAAAAUGCACAGGGGGUUUCAGAAAUUGGAGCAGUGGCAUUAUCAUUCAGAGCAACAGCUUCAUCGGAGGCUAUAACUGGAGCAGUAAAGGGAGCUUUUGCAGGAUACGAUGCAUCUGAAGGAGCAAAAUCUCCAAGUGAAGCUGUAGAGAAAACCAUUAAGGCUUACUUUACCCAGAGACCAGGGGUUUCAGAAACAGCCACAGAGAGGAGAGCAGCAGCAGAUCCCACAUCUGAUUCAAAGGACAAGACAGAAGCACAACACGAAAGGAUUGUCCUGCUGGGGAAAACUGGAACUGGGAAAAGCAGCUUGGGCGGAUCCAUACUUGGAGAGAAUGUGUUUGAGAUUCAUCAUACUACAAACUCUGGAACAAGUAAAUGUCAGAAAGAAACCAGACAGGUUGAUGACGGACUCAUCACUGUAAUUGAUACUCCUGGUAUGUUUGACAGUCGCAAUUCUGAUGAUGCUUUUAAAUCUGAGAUAAUAGACAUGAUCAUAGAGAGCUCUGAAGGGCUUGAUGCUUUCCUCAUUUUAUUUAAAGCUGAGAGAUUCACAGGGCAGGAGAAUGAGGUAGUUUCCAAGAUCAAGGAUUAUUUUUCUGAGGAAGCUUUCAAACACGCUGUAGUUGUCUUCACUCAUGGUGAUCAGCUUCCUGACGGCAUGAAGAUUGAAGAGUUUGUCAGUGAAAAUAAGUAUCUGUGUGAUCUCUUGGAGAAAUGUGGGAACCGCUGCUGUGUUGUUGACAAUAAGUACUGGAAGAACAACCAGCAGGACAAAUACAGAAACAACCAGGUCCAGGUAGCAAAGCUGCUUCAAACAGUAAAAGAAAUGGGGAUGAGUGGAGGGCGCUACAUCAAUGAGAUGCUGCGAGAAAUGAGGAGAGUGAUAAAACAGCAGGUACAACGCAUUGGCAGGUCAGCAGUAGACAUGUUACCUGAAGAUAUCUGGAAGCAGGCAAAGAGGGAAGUCUCAGAUUUACUCAAAAAAUUAGCUGGUCUCACUGCAGGACUGCAGGAGUCUAUGCAGCUGCAGGAGCAGCAGUGGGUGGUUAUAUGGGAUAUCAAGAAGCUGAAAAAGCAAAGUCAGUAA